GGUGCGUCUUGCGGCCCCGGACCGCAGCAAAAGGCCAUUUUGAUUAGUAACAUGGCGUCAGGCGAGAUUAAUAUGGCGUCCUCAGACAUAAUAACUGAAGUUGAAAUCCAACCAGAUAUACAGGAGGUAGAAAUAGAGUCGAUACCCGUUGAAAUACCGUGCGAAACUGUUGAGACAACAAUUGAGGGUGAAGAUGGCCAGCCAAUGAUAUCAUUACAACCACUCCCUGAACCAGGACGUGAGGAAAUCAUACUACAGACGCAAGAGGAAAUUGUCGGUGGUGAUCCCCUGAGCGUUUACGAUCAAAUACCAGUGCCAGAUAACGAUAUUUAUGUUGAAUCAAGUCCAGGACCAUCACGAAAAGCAACUAAAAAAGCCCGAAAAGGAGGUAAUUCGAGAUUUAGGGGACCUGAUCAUACGAUAUUCGGGGAAAUGGGGACUGAAACCAAAGCGAGAAAGUGGGAGCAGAAGCAAGUGCAGAUCAAGACACUUGAAGGGGAAUUUUCCGUGACAAUGUGGGCAUCUGGAACUGAUGACGGGAGUGUCCUAUUAGCGUCUCACCUGGUGGAUGUUCCAGAUGAGGGCUCAAAUCCUGAGCCUGAUCCAGAUUACACCGAGUACAUGACAGGAAAAUCAUCAACGAAAUUCAAUCACUCCGGGAGUUCAGUGUCCGAUGGUAUGCCCGGUCUUGAUCUAUCCGAUCCCAAACAGUUGGCUGAAUUUGCCAGACCCGGACACAAAUUGAAAGUACGCAAACCACCGGCGAUGGACGGUGUUGAACGCACUAUCGCCUGUCCCCACAAAGGCUGCACCAAGAUGUUUCGUGAUAACAGUGCAAUGAGAAAACACUUGCAUACGCACGGGCCAAGGGUGCACGUGUGCGCCGAGUGUGGGAAGGCAUUUGUCGAGAGUUCGAAACUCAAGAGGCAUCAGCUCGUUCACACGGGGGAAAAACCAUUCCAGUGUACCUUCGAGGGAUGCGGCAAGAGAUUCAGCCUUGACUUUAACUUAAGGACUCACGUCAGGAUUCACACAGGGGACAGACCCUACGUGUGUCCCUUCGAUGGCUGCAGCAAGAAAUUCGCCCAGUCCACCAAUCUCAAGUCACACAUACUGACACACGCAAAAGCAAAAUCGAGAAAUUCCAUCGGCAGACAAGUAGCACAAAUCCAGCUCCAACAGCCUCAGUUUGUCCAGGUGGAAGUGGCAGACGUCGACAACCAGCAGUUCAUUGUAUACGCGGAUUAGCCCCCCUAAAUCUACCGAUAUCCGCGUAUAUUAUUCUUCUUUUCACCCCUUGACGAACUCUAAUUAUUCUCAUUAUAAUCGUAAUCAUUUACGUGAUUAAUCCCAGAACUGUGUACAUAUUUACAAAUGAAGAAGAAAAGCGAAAAAAACGAAGGAAAAAAAAAGGAUUGUGGCGCUUAUAGAGAGAGGAAUUAAAUGAUAAUUUUCACAA